UGUCUUCUCCUUCAUCUGUUUUCUUCAAUGGAACUAAUUUGUUGUCGAUGGCCGUUUACUGUUCGAAUAGUUCCCCUUCUAUUUUCUUUUCCCUCUGAUUAUUCAUUCAUUUCUCAUCUCCCUUCCAUUCCAGUUUUUCCCUCAACAGAAGAAACCCCACUUGCUUUGUACCCACCAUUUCCAUGGAAAUCGUUUCGUGCUCUGAUCUCCAUACCCUUUUCUCUCACAUUUUCCUCUGUCUUCUCUUCUCUCUUCAUGUUCAGCCAUAUACUUCCCCAAAUAAGUAUUUUGUCAACUGUGGAUCACAGACCACUGUUUUUAAUGCUGGCCGGACCUUCAUCGGCGACUUGAAUACCACCAAUACUAUCAGUUUCAGAUUCACCCCACAGAAUUCCGACCAAGUCGUCGAUCAUUCCACCGAGUCUCCAUCUCUGUACGAUUCCAUAAGGAUUUUCAAGGACCCAUCGUUUUACGAGUUCGAAGUCGACCAAGAUGCUGUUCAUAUUGUACGUCUUCAUUUCUCCCCUUUCAAUUUCUCUACUGAUUUAUCCACAUCCCUUUUCAACGUUUCUGCUUCUGGGUUUCUCCUUCUACGAAACUUUAACUCCACUAAUAUCCGUAACAAUUCUUCCUCCAUUGAGGAAUUCUUCUUGAGCUUAAACAUAGGGGAAAAUUUUCGGAUCUAUUUUUCACCAAAUUCUUCUUCGAUUGCUUAUGUAAAUGCCAUUGAAGUGUUCCCCGUCCCACCGAACUUCAUUCCAGAUAAAGCUAAAGUGAUUACCCUCGCCGGAGCAAAAGGUGAGUCCAAAAUUUUCCCAUCUCUAGUUUUACAUACAAUUUACCGAAUCAAUGUGGGAGGUCCUGAAAUUCCCCUCAACAAUGACGGACUGUGGAGGAAAUGGGAACAAGAACAGGACAACGCUUAUCUAUUGAAUCCGAGCUCUGCAAAGAACAGCAUUCCUCAUCUCAUAAAGCUCAAAUACUUGAAUGAAGAUGACCAUUAUUUUGCGCCUGAACUCGUAUACCAAACGGCCAAAGAACUGAACUUAAAUUCGAGCUCCUCUCUUAACUUGAUCAAUAUGACAUGGCAUUUUCCUUCAAGAAAACGUACUCUCCAUUUUCUCCGACUUCAUUUCUAUGAUCUAAUUGGUAAAACAUUUCAUGGUUAUCUUUACUUCAAUUUGUCUAUUGGCAAUAGGUUUAGUCAAAAAACUGGCUCUUCUGAUAUGGUUAAUCAUCCAUUUCAUUUAGAUUUCUUGGUGAAUUGUGGUGAAAAUGGGUUCAUUAGUGUCAGUGUUAGUCCUCUGGGUCGACUAGAGACAGGACAGUCCACUGCUUAUUUGAAUGGGGUUGAGAUUAUGGAAGCCAUGGAUGAACAUAGCAGAGAUCCUGUCGUCAAGGAAACGAAAAACAAACAUGUGGGUGUUUUUGUAGGUUUGGCCAUUGGGAUUUUUGGUUUGAUCUGUAUUUUAGGCUUUGGGAUCUUUUUUGGUCUGAAAUGGAGUAAACCAAAAUCAGAGAAAGCUUCACAAACGCACACAAAAUGGUCCCCAUUGCCUGUAUUUGGAGGUGGAAGUACUCACAGCAAGUUUACUAAGAGAACCUCAAGCAACUCCCCCAUCCCCAACUUGAAUCUUGGGUUGAAGUUUUCUCUUGCCGAAAUCAAAACUGCCACCAACAAUUUCAACAAGAAAUUCCUUGUUGGUGAGGGUGGUUUUGGGAAAGUCUAUAAGGGAGUUAUGAGAAAUGGCAUGAGAGUAGCUGUCAAGAGAAGCCAGCCAGGGGCUGGACAAGGUAUCUCCGAGUUCGAGAGAGAAAUCACAAUACUGUCGCGAAUUCGACAUCGGCAUCUUGUUUCUUUUAUUGGGUACUGCAAUGAAGGACUUGAGAUGAUUUUGGUUUAUGAAUUCUUGGAAAAGGGAACUCUAAGGGAGCAUCUUUACAACUCAAACUUUCCUCCCUUGUCUUGGAAGAAAAGGCUAGAAAUUUGCAUUGGUGCAGCUAAAGGCUUGCAUUACCUACAUAAAGGCUUAUCCAGUGGAAUCAUUCACCGUGAUGUGAAAUCAACUAACAUUUUGCUUGAUGAGAACCUUGUUGCUAAAGUAUCUGAUUUUGGCCUUUCAACAGCAAGUUCCUUGGAUGAAACUCAUGUAAGCACAGAUAUUAAAGGGACAAUUGGGUAUCUCGAUCCCGAGUAUUUCCGAACACGACAAUUGACACAGAAAUCUGACGUUUACUCAUUUGGGGUAGUUCUUCUCGAGGUUUUGUGUGCGAGACUAGCUUUGAAUCCAACACUUCCAAAUGAGCAAAUAAAUCUAGCAGAAUGGGGAUUGAAGUGCAAGAAAAUGGAGUUGCUUGAAGAGAUCAUCGACCCAAAAUUAAAGGGUCAGAUCGAUCCUAAUUCCUUGAGAAAGUUCAGUGACACAAUAGAAAAAUGCUUACAAGACGAUGGUGAAAAUAGACCAACAAUGGGGGAUGUGGUGUGGGAUUUGGAGUAUGCGUUGCAACUUCAACAAAAUGUUCAUCAUAGAAUGCCGCAUGAAGAUAGUGAAACCAAUGCCAACGGGAGCUCUUCAACGUACAUUCAAAAAAUUCCUUCAAUUGGUUCUUCCAUUUUAAGAGAAGAUAAGCAAGAUAUGAGUCAAGAUCUAGACAUUCAUUUAACUGCUAGUCAAGUUUUUUCUCAAAUGAAUGCAGGGGAGGGCAGAUGAAAAUUAAAAUAAUUAAGUUAUGGAACAGUGUGAUUUUCCGAAAGCUAAAA